AUGGCUGCUGCGACCGUAUUCGUCACUUUAGUGUUGGCCGCGAAGCAUAUCGGCCUCGCUACGGAGCGGCUCCAGCACAACGCCAACUUCCAGAAGACUUUCCUACCUCGCCGACGCGUGAUCCAAGACGCAGCUUCGCUCGUUCGGUGCCGCCGCGCCGUGCCCUGGGCGGCGCAAGACGUCGCGGCUUUUAGCAACACCGACACGACCCGCCACCGGGGCCACCGGGUUCGGCUAUUCGCCGCGCUUGAACCGUGGGAGACGCAGCAUAUUGACCACGCGGACUACCUAGUCACUCGGCUGUGCGCGGCGCUCUGCCUGGUUGCCGGGGAGAAGCGGGGCGCCGCUUCGGGGACAGGCGCGAGACCUGCCAGGGAGACUGAGUUUCGCGUGCUGGUCGCGCAUGCCGACCGCCUUGUGCGCUAUAUGGGGGAGCACCCCGGCCUUGCGGACGCCGCCCUGCGUUCCUUGCUGGACGUGCCAUGA